ACCUGCGUCAUUGCAGCAACGCAUUGUCUUUAUAAGAAGUCCUUGUGUACUUCAGAAGAGUACCUUUGUAGAUUUUCGGCGAAUAUGCGGACUUUUGCUGUAACGCUGGCUUUGACCACGGUGCUGGUGGCUACAGCGCAAGACUUCUCGCCACCAAAUUCGAAAGACAUUCAUUCGCGACUAUGGUAUUCUGCUCCAGGUGUAUCGACCGUAUGGCACGAGCACUUGCCCAUUGGCAAUGGUCGACUUGGGGGAAUGGUGAGAGGCGGAAUACCUGCUGACAUGGUAUACAUUAACGAGGAUUCAUUCUGGAGUGGUGGACCGAUGAAUCGUGUAAAUCCCAGCGCGCAAGAUUCGCUCGGUCGUAUUAGACCAUGGCUGCUACAGGGCGCCAUUCCCGAUGCCACUUUCGAAGCCGAUCUUGGAAUCUCGGGCGUACCCUCGUCAAUGCGUCAAUACAUGCCGGGUGGAGACUUCCAGAUUGUAUUUCAAGAACAGACUGGGAAUGCGACCGACUAUGAACGCUGGCUGGAUCUUUCCGAUGGAACUGCUGGCGCCUACUAUAAUCUUGGUGGAACUACAUAUAAACGCGAAUAUCUUGCGAGUAACCCGGAUGAUGUGCUUGCGAUUCACCUCACUGCUUCCGAGGCCGGUGCGCUUAGUUUCUACAUCAAAUUUCAGCGACCGACCUCUGGUCAGAACCGUUGGGCGGAGGCUUCGUAUGCGGAGAAUGGUGAUACAAUAAUCACAAAACUUCAAGAAAACAGCAUCGUGGCGUAUUUCGCAGCGAAGGUCAAAAUCUCCGGAGGCAAGAUGCGGCAGGUUGGCGACCAAAUUCAAGUCUCUGGAUCUGAUGAAGCCUGGAUAUACGCAAACAUGGAAACAACAGUGAGACAUGAAAACCCGCUUGAAGUUGCAGUUGGAAAGGUUGAGGCCGCGGCUUCAAGUUCCUACUUAACCUUGCGUGAACGCCAUGUUUCAGAUCAUGCUGGCUUGUUCAACCGCACUUCACUGUCCAUGGGCAAUUCGACGGACGCACAGAGAAGUAAAGACACCGGCGCCCGUCGUCGCGCUCUCUCCGAUGGUUCGUUUGAUCCUGAACUGCUGUCCCUGUUCUUCCAAUAUGGCCGAUAUCUCCUCAUUGCAUCUUCUCGUCCCGGCUCAUUCCCUCCCAACUUGCAAGGUAUCUGGAAUUCUGCACUUGAUCCGGCAUGGGGUUCCAAAUUCACCAUAAAUAUCAAUUUACAAAUGAAUUAUUGGCCCUCCGAGGUUGGCAACCUGCAUGAGCUUACCGAGCCUCUAUUUGAUCUAAUUGCGAAGCUCUAUGAAUCCGGAAAGGUAACAGCUAAGAAAAUGUACAAUGCCAGAGGUUGGGUUGCCCAUCAUAACACAGAUAUCUGGGGCGAUACAGCCCCCCAAGACAUCUAUGCAGCAAGUGCGUACUGGCCCAUGGGGCAUGUCUGGCUUCUACAGCACGUAUUCGAGCAUUAUCAGUACACUGGCGACAAACAUUCCUUGAAACCCCUCUCCAUCGGCCCUACAAUGGAUAAUUCGCUGUUACGCGAACUAUUUGACAACAUCCUGAAAGCUGCGCGAGUCUUGGGGAAGAACGACAACAGCACACUCCUCCAAGACAUACAAAACACAAAAGAACGACUUCCUCCCCUUCAAGUCUCACCCCGCACAGGAUCACUUAUGGAAUGGAUCGAAGACUACGAGGAAUCUGAGCCUGGUCAUCGCCAUUUCUCGCCCCUCUAUGGUCUCUUUCCAGGCUCAGAAAUCACGCCGCAAGACCCCAAGAUAUGGAACGCAUCCAUCGCCCUCAUCAAGCGAAGAGUUGACUCUGGCUCCGGCAACAAUGGCUGGUCUCGCUCGUGGCUCGCAGCCCUCUAUGCGCGCCUCCACUCCGGCGCACAAACCCAGUCCUCUCUUUCCACUCUCCUUUCAGAAUACACCUACAACUCGCUCCUUGGCACCGGCCCGCCCGCACCCUUCCAAAUCGAUGGCAAUUUUGGUGGUUGCGCGGCCAUCGCUGAGUCGCUGCUGCAAUCGCACAACGGCGUGCUUAACGUCCUUCCCGCGCGUCUCCCUGGAAGUGAAGCAGGCGCAUUCGAAGGAUUAGUCGGUCGUGGGGGAUUUGAGGUUAGUGCAAGGUGGAGUGAAGGUAAGGUCGAGUGGGCUAGAGUGUUGAGUAGGGUUGGGGGAGCGCUGAAUGUUACGUUUGGGACUGGUGGGGUUUUCAAAGUUGCCAAUGGCGGUGGCAGUGGAAACGGGACGUCUAUACCCUCUUUUGGAGGAGGUAAUGGAACAAUUUUUGAGGGCUUGUCGUAUGUGGCGGUCAAUACGACGGCGGGUGGGGUGUUCAUGGAUACCAACGAUAUCGUUCACACGCUACCUGACGGCCAAACUGUUUGUCGCGACCACCAUCUUGCCCUGUGUGAAAAAUGCAAACUCGACUUCACCCUCGUGAACAGGGUCAUGGCGAUGAAAGUGGACCACGAGAAUAAGCGAGCGGCAUUCCUGUCUGAUAUACAAAGCAUGCGUGAUGAUAUCUUCAAAUCUAAGAAUGCUCCUGAGAAGCAUACCGAGCACCAUCCCAGAUCCAAGUGUGGAACUGGCAAGAUCAUACCCACCUUAUUCACACAACCGACACCCGAUACCCAUCCUUCGGACCUUUUCGCCGCGGAUACAACUAAUCCAUCAGCGAUUCGCUUUGUAAACCGCAAGAAUUCAGCCCAAGGCAUGGUCUUCGUUAGCGGCGUUUGUCUCGACGAAGGACAAGCUGAUUCUCGUGCAGGCUGGGGAAUUAUUGUGGAUCCUUGUGAACUUGUCGCGGAUUCAUCUCCCAGGGGAGUCAAUGGCCGUCUGGAGGAGGAAGGCCCAUUUGGAGACAAAGCCCCACAGACUGGAAGCAGGGCAGAGCUUCGUGCUGUUUUAGGCGCGCUUCAUUAUUGUGACUGGUUCAGUGAAGGACUCACAUCGAUGGUAUUGGCCAUUGAUUCUGAAACUGUCGUCAAGGGCGCUACUGAGUGGAUCAAGAAAUGGGUCAAGACAGGCUGGAAAACAUCCAAUCGAACGCCAGUCAAGAACAAGGAUCUAUGGGAAGCGCUGCUGGGCCAGAUCGAGACGGAGGCAGAAAAGGGCUUGGAGGUUCAUUUCUGGCGGAUCGACCGUACAUUCAACGUUGGCGCCCAAGAGUUGGCGAAGAAAGGUGCUAUGCUCCCAGCUGUUAAGGAGUAUACACCUCACAACUCUGCCGAGCUAUAGGCACCAUAUAACUUGGAGAUACUUUCAAGCCGGAUUAUCAUGCGCAUAGUAUUAUUCGACGCACCUCGCGAAUUUAUCGUUUCUGCUUUGAGCUGGGGAUCAGACGUGGGUAUACCGAGAUACGAUCUUGUGGUCUCGACUAGUCAAGUGAUCGCAUCACCAUUCACAACCUAGUGUGAUUGAUGUGCCCGUCACACAAGAUCAAUCGACAUUCUGUACGCAUCGUUAGAUCAGACCAACUUUCUUGAUAGGGAAUAGGUCGGGUCUGUCUAUGCUUGCUUUUCUUUCAUGAAUUGGAGACCUUUCCCAAAUGCAUUGUGACUGAAGCUCAUGAGAGGCUACGCGAAUGUACAAAAUUAAUCGAGAGAUAUUUCGUUGUUUGGAAGAGAAGAUUUUCGGGUAUUUGACAUGCGCUGACGGCU